CUGUCAAGGUGCGACAAUGGACUGGAACUGAUGAUUGUCGAUCCACCUCCUGUCUGUUGACUCAUCACCUUACUGGAUCAGGCCAAUGACAGCGUCGUGUUAUCUGCAAAGUUCAAGAGUUUCACAGACAGGUUUGUUCAACAAAGAAAUGAGGCGCAAAUCAAACGUUGGGGAUUUUAGGCUUGGUGGCAGAAACACCAUGGUGGGAGUCCUGUUGAUGGGUCUGUCUGCGUUCAUCCUCCGCGUUUCUGCACUUGAAGAGCCCAGCGUGUGCCUGUGGCCGAACGGCUCAGAAAUCAAAGUGGAGCAGAGAGGGAGCAACAUCACUGUGGAGGGGUGUGUCACGCUCAAUGUGUCAGAUCUUCCAGGCAACUUUACAUCAAAAGACGGGACAGAAUCCUCCACAAAUGGUGCGUGGAUAUGGAUUGUUGUGUCAUGCUGUGUUGUUCUUCUGCUCCUGAUUCCUCUAAUUUGGUUCGCUCAACGCAACAGACACCGGAUGUUUUCCACUCGGAGCUGCUGGCCACUUUUUAAAGAGAACAUCCCAGCAGUGCCGCCGCCUGUGACCAAACAGGAUGCGACGGAGGUGCAGUGGGACCUGUCGUGGAUGGAGAUGUCCAAUCUGUUAGAUAAGCAGCAAUAUCCUGGCACAUAGAAGGUCCCCUAGAGGUCAUGAACAUCAGCUGGUUCAUUUUGUGGGUAUCCACUCAUUGACUUAAAAAAAAGUUAAUCAUACAGAAGAAACGGUUUAGUUAGUGGCAGAUUAGUACUUGUAAGUUUUUCAGCAGUUACUGGAGCACCUGACAGUAAGUCAAAACAGUGGGGGAAGGUCUGUUCAUUUUUAGAUGAAUCAGUCAGAGUUAUAAGGACUUGACCUUGACUGAUGGGGUUCAAACUGUGGGCUUUGAAUGAGGCUGAGCGGUCACAUUGUACAAUACCCUUACAUUAUUCAUAACCCCUAGAUAUAUUGGUUUAAAGUAAAUUCAGUGUCAAAUUUA